CAUAAUUAUCUACACAAUGUGAAGUACAUUUUAAAAAAAGGAAAAAUGGCGGAUAACGAUGUAAAUGGUGAUUCUGAUGAAGUACAACAAGAGAAAUCACAGAAAAAAACAGCAAAAUAUGAUAGUGGUGCAGCAGAUUUAGAAAAAGUUACAGAUUAUGCAGAGGAAAAAGAAAUAUCCUCAUCUGAUGGAUUUUCUUGCGCAUUAAGUAUAAUCGGAGAUCGACGAAAUAAAGAAGCUGCGGAGAAAAAGGCAAGAGAAAAGGAAUUGUUAAAAGUUCCUAUUAAAAAAGAAGAUGUUGAUCUUAUUAUGAGAGAAAUGGAAAUAAAUCGAAAUGUAGCAGAACAAACACUCAGAGAACAUAGGGGAAAUGUUGUAGAAGCAUUAAUUACUUUAACAAAUUGAUUGUACAGCAUUAAUUUCAAACAAAUAUUUACAUAAGCCUUCAUUUUAUUGUAAAUUAUAUGAUCCUAGGAAUUGUUAUAAUGUCGGAUUAUUAAUAAUUUAUUCAUGUAUAUUACAAAAUAUACCCUAUACCAUUUUGUAUAUAUAUACAUAUA